UUUUUGCGAUUGAUAUCUGCACCAUACACAAACAUUAUGCCUUAUCAUGCGAUAGUAUUUAACCAGCAUUACCAAGUGAAAGAUUGGUUUUUUUUUUUUGAAUUGUUGCAAACAGAUCGCAAACCCGCUUUGACAAAAUGUGCAUCGGUUCGCUCAGUCCCUUUGUGUCUCCCGGGCUCUUGUUUUUGCGUGUUUGCAUACCUAAUUUAUCAUCAAGUUUGUGUGCGGCGUCUCAUUGUGGUAACGUUAAAAAGUCUGUGCAAAUAAGCAACGAAAGUUUGGCACCUUUAAAUUGCCAUUCUUGGUGUGCUGUGACUGUUUCAGCGAAUUGCUGCAUUUCGCUUCUGCCAGGAAAAAAAAAGUGUGCAAGUUUGUUCCAUUAACCGGCUACGAUCCUUCUAUUUUUUUUUCUUCUUCGACAUCAGAGAGGGCACUAAUGUUCGACGACGGCGAAAAUACGGAUUCUAUCUUUGACGUUUUC